CCAUGUGAAAAAUUCUAUGAUGCUAAUGAUGAUCACCUUAAUCCUCUUUUUUCAAGGAAAAAGGGAAAUAGAGAGAGAGAGAGAGAGAGCUGGCUCUAUGUAGUUCUAGAAAGCACUCCGGAGUUCUUCUAAAUUCCUAACGGAUAUAACCCCGCCAAUCUUCCACCUGUCCUACUUUUUUCCUUUUUAUAAUUCUGCAUUCUUCCAUCUUUCGUUGUUUUCAUGUUCAUCAGUUUAUGUAUUUUGUUUCUCAUAGUUCGAGUUUCGGUGUGAAGGAAGAGAUAUAAUGGCAGGCUACCGAUGGAAGACCUUCUUUGAAGAGGAGGAUCGUCCUGAGAAGCCAAGAAGAUAUGGUGUCACCGAAGUGAGGGGACCCCAUUGCUCCCUUUUCUCCCAGAACCUCCUCCAGGAUGUCUUUGAGUCUAUGGGACAAUUUGUUGAUGGCUUGAAGUUUGCUGGAGGCUCUCAUAGUUUGAUGCCUAGAAGUUAUGUGAAAGAAGUAACUGAUAUGGCACAUAGGCACAAUGUCUAUGUGAGCACCGGUGACUGGGCCGAACACCUACUGCGCAAAGGUCCUUCUGCCUUCAAAGACUACAUUGAUGAAUGUAAGCAAUUGGGUUUUGAUACCAUUGAAAUCGAUGCUGGAUCACUUGGAGUCCCUGAAGAGGUCCUCUUGAGAUAUGUGAGGCUGGUGAAGAGUGGAGGUCUUAGAGCUAAGCCUUUAUUUGCUGUAAAGUUCAGCAAGUCAGAUAUACCCGCGAAGACUGAUAGGGCAUUUGGAUCUUAUGUGGUGCCAACACCUCGGACUUCAGAGCUUGUUGAGGACGUAGAUCUUCUGAUUAGAAGGGCUGAAAGAUGCCUUGAAGCUGGGGCAGACAUGAUAAUGAUUGAUGCUGAUGAUGUCUGCAGAGAGGCUGACUCUGUCAGGGCUGACAUUAUAGCAAAAGUUGUUGGCCGUCUAGGGCUUGAGAAGACCAUGUUUGAAGCAUCAAAUCCUAAGGCAUCUGAAUGGUUCAUCAAACAAUAUGGGCCAAGGGUGAAUCUUUUCGUGGACCAUUCUCAAGUAAUGGAUCUGGAGUGUCUUCGAGGUCGUAACCUGGGGAAAGAUCAUACAUCUAUUCUUGGUUCAUCAUAUUUUCUGUUUUAAGCUGAUUUUGUUAUUAUGGAGAAGUCUUCAUCUAAGUUGGUCACAAUAAUGGUUUGUAGGUACUAUUGUCUACUUCAGAUUAUGUUAAAUUGUUAAUGAAAUGUAUAACUCCACGUUUCCGUGCUGGGGGGCACUCAGGUUAUAGCUUAAAAUUUUGUGUAUUUGAAUCGGGUUGUAAUGUAUUUUUAUUCUGAUAUCAAGUCAUGUUGGCUUCUAAUGAUGGAA